AAUAGAUUUUUAUGUUGGAGAUACAUCAAAUAAUGAUGUUAAAAAUUCAUCAUCAUCUUCUUCAGAUAUUGAUGAUUAUAUUUCAGAUGAUAAUGAGUUUGCAAUGGAAACACAAGCAGUUAAUCAACAAUUUCUUAGAAAUAAGAUGGUUUUGCAGCAAAUACAAGACCAACACCGAGUUUCUAGAGGUGGCUCUGUUCUAGAUCAUCUAGUAAUCAAUCGAGAUCGUGAAUCGGCUGAUUGUAAUUUAUUUCUGGAUUAUUUUUUAGAUAAUCCACGAUUCAAUGAUGUAAUGUUUCAUCGACGAUAUAGAAUGUUUCGAAAUUUGUUUCUUCGUAUUGUCGAUACAAUAAAAGCGCAUGAUACGUACUUUGAACAACAAAGAGAUGCAGUAGAUAAAAUUGAAUUAUCUACUCUUCAAAAAAUCACAGCCGUGUUUCGAAUGUUAGCGUAUGGUUUGCCGGCGGAUGCUACCAACGAAUAUGUGAAAAUUGGAGAGUUCACUGCAAUUGAAAGUCUAAAGAGAUUUUGUUGAGCCACCGUUGAGGUAUUUGGUGAGUAGUAUCUGAGAUCACCAAGUGCCGAGAAUGUUGCAAGGCUUCUUUAUAUUGGUGAGCAACAUGGCUUUCCUGGAAUGUUAGAUAGUCUCGAUUGCAUGCAUUGGAAAUGGAAAAAUUGUCCUAUUGCAUGGGCUGGCCAAUAUAUAAGUCGUAAUGGAUUGCCAACAAUUAUU